UCCUCUCUCGCGCUCCGUUGCAUCUCCAGGCAGGAUCCGGAUCUCUCCGACCAAUAGCCGCUACGAAGGGCGGGGCGUGUGCGCGCGCAUCUAAUCCUCACGCCAGUAAGACUCUCCUGCUGGCGCAGGGCUGGUAGGGACGCGGUUUCGGGCACGUAGCAACCCAGAUGUUAAAGACAAAAUGUUACUGCAGCUCUCCUCGGCCCUCGCCGCCCUGCACCUCAGCCCCCUCCCAGAAGUCCUGGAACCUCCGAGGCCAUGGCCUCCAUCGGAGCGAUCCCAGGCAGGACGCCGCAGAGCCCGGGGCCCGGGGCAGCCUCGGCCGGCUUUCCCAGCCCGGCCCCGGUGCCAGGCCGUGGGGAGGCGGAGGAGAACGAGCAGGAGCUGGCCGAGACCCAUCUGUGUGUCCUGUGGGCUUCAGGAUACUUGGGCAUUGCCUAUUACGACACUAGUGACUCCACCAUCCACUUCAUGCCAGAUGCUCCGGAUCAGGAGAGUCUCAGGCUUCUCCAGAGAGUAUUGGAUGAAAUCAAUCCCCGGUCUAUUGUUACGAGUGCCAAACAGGAUGAGAAUAUGACUCGGUUUCUAGGGAAGCUUGCCUCCCAGGAGCACAGAGAGCCGAAGAGACCUGAAAUCGUAUUUUUGCCAAGUGUGGAUUUUGGUCUGGAGAUAAGCAAACAGCGCCUCCUUUCUGGAAACUACGCCUUCAUUCCAGACUCCAUGACUGCCACUGAGAAAAUCCUCUUCCUCUCCUCUAUUAUUCCCUUUGAUUCCAUCCUCACGGUUCGGGCCCUUGGAGGCUUGCUCAAGUUUCUGGGUCGAAGAAGGAUUGGGGUUGAACUGGAAGACUAUAAUGUCAGCGUCCCCAUCCUGGGCUUUAAGAAAUUUGUGUUGACCCAUCUGGUAAGCAUAGAUCAAGACACGUACAGUGUUCUGCAGAUAUUUAAGAGUGAGUCCCAUCCCUCAGUGUACAAAGUGGCCAGUGGACUGAAAGAGGGGCUCAGCCUCUUUGGAAUCCUCAACAGAUGCCGUUGUAAGUGGGGAGAGAAGCUGCUCAGGCUGUGGUUCACACGUCCAACUCAGGACUUGGGAGAGCUAAAUUCUCGGCUGGAUGUCAUUCAGUUUUUCCUCCUACCUCAGAAUCUGGACAUGGCUCAAAUGCUGCAUCGGUUGCUGGGUCAUAUCAAGAAUGUACCUCUGAUUCUGAAACGCAUGAAGCUGUCCCACACCAAGGCCAGUGACUGGCAGGUUCUGUACAAGACUGUGUACAGUGCCCUGGGUCUGAGGGAUGCCUGCCGCUCCCUGCCCCAGUCCAUCCAGCUCUUUCAGGACAUUGCCCAAGAAUUCUCUGAUGACCUGCACCAUAUUGCUAGCCUCAUUGGGAAGGUGGUGGACUUUGAGGGCAGUCUUGCUGAAAAUCGCUUCACAGUCCUCCCCAACAUAGAUCCUGACAUUGAUGAGAAAAAACGAAGGCUGAUGGGACUUCCCAGUUUCCUCACUGAGGUCGCCAGGAAGGAGCUAGAGAAUCUGGACUCCCGUAUUCCAUCAUGCAGUGUCAUCUACAUCCCUCUGAUUGGCUUCCUUCUCUCUAUUCCCCGCCUGCCUUCCAUGGCAGAGGCUAGUGACUUUGAGAUUGAAGGACUGGACUUCAUGUUCCUGUCAGAGGAGAAGCUGCACUAUCGUAGCGCUCGAACCAAGGAGCUGGACGCAUUGCUGGGGGACCUGCACUGUGACAUCCGGGACCAGGAGACCCUGCUGAUGUACCAGCUGCAGUGUCAGGUGCUGGCACGGGCCGCUGUCUUGACCCGGGUUUUGGAUCUUGCCUCCCGCCUGGACGUCCUGCUGGCUCUAGCCAGUGCUGCCCGGGACUAUGGCUACUCAAGGCCCCGUUACUCUCCCCAGGUCCUUGGGGUCCGAAUCCAGAAUGGCAGACAUCCUCUGAUGGAACUCUGUGCCCGAACCUUCGUGCCCAACUCUGCAGAAUGUGGUGGGGACAGAGGGAGGGUCAAAGUCAUCACCGGACCCAACUCCUCAGGGAAGAGCAUAUACCUCAAACAGGUAGGCUUGAUCACAUUCAUGGCCCUGGUGGGCAGCUUCGUGCCAGCAGAGGAAGCCGAAAUUGGGGCUGUAGACGCCAUCUUCACCCGAAUCCACAGCUGUGAAUCCAUCUCCCUGGGCCUCUCGACCUUUAUGAUUGACCUCAACCAGGUGGCGAAAGCAGUAAACAAUGCCACCAAGCAGUCUCUGGUCCUCAUUGACGAAUUUGGAAAGGGAACCAACACGGUGGACGGGCUCGCGCUGUUAGCUGCUGUCCUCCGACACUGGCUGGCACUUGGACCCGCGUGCCCUCACAUCUUUGUGGCCACCAACUUUCUGAGCCUUGUUCAGCUCCAGUUGCUGCCCCAGGGGCCCCUUCUGCAGUAUUUGACCAUGGAGACCUGUGAGGAUGGGGACGAACUUGUCUUCUUCUAUCAGGUGUGUGAAGGCAUUGCCAAGUCCAGCCAUGCCUCCCACACAGCUGCCCAGGCUGGGCUUCCUGACCAACUCCUUACUCGUGGCAAGGAGGUCUCAGACUUGAUCCGCAGUGGGAAACCCAUCAAGCCUGUCAAAGAGUUGCUGAAGGAGAAGCAGAUGGAAAAUUGCCAGACAUUAGUUGAUAAAUUUCUGAAACUGGAUUUGGAAGAUCCCAGCUUGGACCUGGACCUUUUCAUGAGUCAGGAAGUGCUGCCUGCUGCCACUGCCAUCCUUUGAGAGCCCUUCCUUGGCCUUCCUCCACCUUCCAAGACCCCAGUGGGCUGCCACGCCCUGUUUCCUCACCUUCCUCAGACCCAGAAUUCUCAGCUUUUCUGCAAAUUUUGUUUCGUAUUAGGAAUAAAGUUUACUUCAGAGAAA